UGGCGCGCGAACUCUGAGCGACAGGGUCCGAGAGGGGGGUCCAGUGGCGGCAAGAGGCUUGAAGGGGUUGAGGGACGACGGCGGCGGCGGCGGCCCCGGUCACCUGAGCCUCCCGGCCAUGGAGGCCCCAGCGCCCAAGCAGCAGCAGCAGCCCGCGACAGUCAAGAUCAGGAACCUGCCCUGGGUUGAAAAAUACCGGCCACAGACACUGAAUGAUCUCAUUUCUCAUCAGGACAUUCUAAGUACCAUUCAGAAAUUCAUCAGUGAAGACCGACUGCCACACCUGCUUCUCUACGGCCCUCCAGGGACAGGAAAGACAUCCACCAUCCUAGCCUGUGCUAAACAGCUAUACAAAGACAAAGAAUUUGGCUCCAUGGUCCUGGAGCUGAAUGCUUCCGAUGACCGAGGAAUAGAUAUUGUUCGGGGGCCAAUCCUGAGCUUUGCCAGCACAAGGACAAUAUUUAAGAAAGGGUUUAAGCUAGUGAUCUUGGAUGAAGCUGAUGCCAUGACGCAGGAUGCCCAGAAUGCCUUGAGAAGAGUGAUUGAGAAAUUCACUGAAAAUACCAGAUUUUGCCUCAUCUGUAACUAUUUGUCCAAGAUCAUCCCCGCCUUGCAGUCUCGGUGUACGAGGUUCCGGUUUGGUCCCCUGACACCUGAACUCAUGGUUCCCCGCCUGGAACAUGUUGUAGAAGAAGAGAAAGUCGAUAUAAGUGAAGAUGGGAUGAAAGCACUUGUGACUCUCUCCAGCGGAGAUAUGCGAAGGGCUCUGAAUAUUUUGCAGAGCACCAAUAUGGCCUUCGGGAAGGUGACAGAGGAGACUGUCUACACCUGCACAGGGCACCCGCUCAAGUCAGAUAUCGCCAAUAUUCUGGACUGGAUGUUGAAUCAGGACUUCACCACAGCCUACAGAAAUAUCAUGGAGUUGAAAACUCUGAAGGGUUUGGCGUUGCAUGACAUCCUGACCGAGAUUCACUUAUUUGUUCACAGAGUGGACUUUCCAUCAUCAGUUCGAAUACAUUUAUUGACCAAAAUGGCAGACAUCGAGUACAGGCUUUCUGUUGGCACCAGUGAGAAGAUUCAGCUGAGCUCCCUCAUUGCUGCUUUUCAGGUUACCCGAGACCUGAUUGUGGCAGAGGCCUAGGUGCUCCAAGCCGAUCUCCACCUCUCAGGGCCCAUCCCUGACUGGAGAACAGAGGACUCAGUUAUAGGUGUGGCCGUAGAAUGAAGCCAGUCAGCCCAGGUCUUGGAAAACUCUGGUCCAGGAUGGACGGGCAGAUAUUUACAAAGUACUGUCUUGGUUGUUUGAAACACCAAUAUAGAAAACAAUUUUAACAUAUACCUAUCUUAUCACACUGCUUUUUACUUUUUUGGUAUUUUUACCCUUUAGUUGCUUGGAUAACAGGAAAUUGGCCUACCCUUUGGUCUGUAACAUGAGGUUUUCUAAUCUACUGUGGUCCAAAUGUCUUUCAACUCAAGGUAAUCACCUACAAAGUUUAUCAACCUAAUAUUUGGCAUUAUAAACUUUAUAAACAAGUUCUAGUGAAUUUCUGGCCCAAACUGUUCUAUUUUUAUAAAACAGUGAACACUUUAAAAACUAAUCUUUUUGUUUCCCCUCUUGCAGUAGAACUUGUAGCAGGUUUCAGUGGUGUGGACAAUAGGAAAAAAAUUGAAAUUUUAAAUACAGAGCUAGCCUCUGAAUCGUGCCAUCUUAGGCCAUUGCUUACACUAGCCUUAUACUGGGAGGGCCUGUCAGAUGAAGCCCAACCCAAAACCUGGACCUGCUCAAAGGACUGAUCCCAAAGAUACAGUAAUCUCUUUUACAGUUUUGCUUUAAAAUAAGGCUAAAGCAGCUAGCUUGGUGCUCACAAGUGAUGCUGCUUCUUAGCCAGCGUUAGAAAUGAUGACUUAUCUGUAAUUGUACUGAAUAAACUUUCUUUUAGGCUGUUCCUUA